AUGAUAUAUUCAGCGAUUACAGCUUUGAAGGAACAAGACGGGUCAAGCAGGAUAGCUAUAGCGAAGUAUAUAGAGAGAGCUUAUCCUGGUUUACCACCAAAUCACUCUGAUUUGUUGACACACCACUUAAAACGCUUGAAAAAUAGUGGGGCGCUUGUUUUGAACAGGAAAUCUUACAUGCUGCCCAGAUCUGAUAAUAACACAAACAUCACUACCACCACUACAGCAGCUACAACUACUGUUUCUACUAACCCUCCUCCGAUUCAGGCUCAGUCAGAUCAACAGCAGCCACAGUACGCUGUUCCUGUCUCUUCUGCUCCUCCUGAGCAGAGGAGGGGGCGAGGAAGGCCUCCUAAAGCUAAGCUUAAUGGGCUUUCUCCAACUUCUCCUCCGUUGCUUGUUAAUGGGCAGGCACAGACUGGUCUUGGCUCAAAUGUUGGUGUUACUGGUCAGCUUCAAAAUCAGAUUGUUGUGAGUCCUGGUGGGCUUCCUUCUGAGCCAACCUCCUCGAUGGUGAAGAAAGGCCGAGGACGGCCGAAGAAGGUGAUGGUGACUGAAGCUGGGUCGAUGUUGGUGAAGAAAGGAAGAGGUAGGCCACUAAAGAGUGGGCCUUUAGGGUCCAAGAAGAGUCCAGGAAAGCCCAGAAAGCCUAAGUCUUUGGGGGGUGCUAAAAAGGGUCCUGGACGUCCAUCUAAGAAUCAGUUAAAGCCAGUCAAUGUUCCUUACGCUGUUACUGCUCCUACUGCUACUGCCACUGAUUCAGCAUCUGUGUUUAAUGUAGCAUCACCAAGGCCCAGAGGCAGGCCAAGGAAGGGUGACGCUCCAGCUGGGGCUGGUGCUGUUGCUGUUGCGGUGGUGCAGGCUAAGCGACCAGGCCGCCCACCUAAGCUUCCUGGUGUUAUGACGCCUAAGCUGAAGAAUAGUUCUGGGAAACCUGUUGGCCGGCCUAGGAAGAAUGCAAGUGCACCAUGGGCUACUAGAGCCUCGCAGGCUCAAGCACAAGCAGAAUUGCAUGGAGAACUUAAGAGGAAACUUGAAUUUUUUCAAUCAAGAGUUAAGCAAGCCGUUGGGGUGCUAAAGCCUCAUUUGACUGGUGCCGCAAUCAGUGCAGUUGCAGCAAUCCAAGAAUUAGAAGGCCUUGCAUCAAUGGACAUUAACGUACCAUGGACGGAGGAACCUCAACCACAAAUUCAAGCACGGGCACCUGGCACAGGCACAGGCACAGCCCCAGCCCCAGCCCCAGCCCCAGCCUCAGCCCCAGCAGCAGCCGCAGCCUCAAUUGCAACCACAGCAGCAACUGCUCCAGAGUUAGGAGAGAUGUACGAGGAUCAUGAAUUUGUUCGUGAUGUUAGAAACCUCAUUGUCAGGAUAAGAGACUUGUAA